AUGUCACUAAGCACCAAUGACAUCAUGGAGAGGACCAGUGCAUCACUGUGGUUCUCCGGUGGAGCUGAUCCGGAUCAGGAACCUCUGGGGUCAGGUGGAGUGGACGGGCGCCUGGAGCGACAGGUGAGUCAUGGUGCUCUGAGGUUCUGGAGCAUCAUCCUUAGCUGUGGUUUCACUGUGGUCAGCUCGAAGGAGUGGGGCGGCGUUCGGGCAGAGGAGAAGAGGCGGCUGGAUUGCUGCGCUGAGGACGGCGAGUUCUGGAUAUCCUACCACGACUUUCUGAGUCUCUUCUCCCGCCUCGACAUCUGUAACCUGACACCUGACACGCUGACCAGCAACGAGGUCGGCCGCUGGAACUUUGCUGAGUUUGAGGGCACGUGGAGGGUGGGAUCCAUCGCCGGCGGCUGCAGGAACUACCCCGCCAUCUUCUUCAUCCAGCUGGACGACGUGGACGAUGAUCCUCACAAUGGCGAGGAAGGCUGCACCAUCCUCAUUGGUCUGAUGCAGAAAGAUGCUCGAAGGGAGAGGCGCUUCGGACGUGACCUCAACACCAUCGGCUUCGCCAUCUACGAGGUUCAAACGCACCCGGCACUGAGCUGAUCACUUCCUGUUUAGCUUUGCUGUGCAUGAACAAAGGUUUGGCGAGUCUCAUGCUCUCUGUCGGUGUGCUUCCAAGUGCCCGAUCAGGUGAGAACACAGCAGAAGUUCACCGAGUACACGGCUCCUGCGAUGACCUCAGCAGGUUAGAAGGUUGAUGCCUAAGGUGGACCUCAUUCGUUAAUAUCUCCAUGGAAACGCCCUAAUGAGCAUAAAAAACUAGCCCAAAAAUCACAGUCACACUCAAACCUCUGUUAGCCAAUCAGAAUCAGGCUUCUUGACACAUUCUGCCAACACCCACACCUGCGCAUAUAAAGAAACAGGUGGAGGUGCAGAGAGACGCCGAGCAUCGCCAUAGAAACCGUAUCAUGUUGAGGUCUGAAUGUUUCUAACAUUUAAUAUGAACCCUGCUGUUUGGUGUUGAUGUCUUUAUUUCAUCUUCCCCCUCCGACAUCACGUUCCCCGUCUGCAUUUGUUUCAUGCGUCGUGUUCAUCACUCAAUGUUUCUCUUUUUAAAUAUUCAACCUUUAUUGAACCAGGACGAUCCCACUGAGAUUAAAACUCUUUUUAAGGGAGACCUGGCCAAAUAUCACACAGUUACAAAGAUUAAACACACACAAGAAAAUAAAAUUAAAUGACAAUCUACAUGAAACAGUUACAUGUUAUGGAACUGGCCUCCAGGACUCUUAGUUUUGAUUUAAAAAAACGAAUGGUCCAAGGAGCGUGGAAAGAAAAGCGUCUGGACUUCUUUAAGGCUGCGGCCACACUACUGCGCUUUCAUUUUGAAACGCGUGGUUUUCUCUCUCCCUUUUGGCCUCCUGUCCACACUGAGACGCGUUUUCCCUGACAGAAAACGAAGUGUUUUGAAAAUGCUGCUUUUGUGUCGCAGUGUGGACAGCGAAAAGGGCGACUUUAUAAAACAAUGAUAUAUGUUAGUCAUGUGAUGCAGUGACCAAUUAAACUAAGAUAGUGGAGGGCAUUACACAGCAUU